AUGUCUGGAUCACUCCAUCAGUUGGUGGGAAGCAAAGGUGAAGCCUCAGGUGUCCCAGCAGCAGCAGCCUUCUUCUCUACGCGACAACAAGAUCCAUACUCCCUCCUAAAAGAAGAACCGAUUCAAAUCCUCGCGGACCUCUGGGUCAAAACGUUCUCCCAACGCCAACAACCAAAGCCCUUCACCAACCUCACUGGUUUCCUCUCAAAAUUCGAUCUCUGGGUCCUCGCUUACCAGAGAACUUGCGCCCACGUAAGCGGCACAUUCCCACCUCGUAAUGCUCUUCACUCGGAUGUUCUGUGCGACGUGUUGUCACUGAGAAACGCCGUGGUUCGUAACAAGUUUUCAUGGAACUGCAAGACGCAUCAGUUUAUUCGUGGCCCCAAUGAAAAACCCCUCACCAAGUUACUCUCGAGACGCCAACUGAACCCAAUUUUGACGUCCAAGAAUCCACCGUUUCAAGAUCGUGUUGUGCAGGAGGUACUCUUCAUGAUUCUGGAACCCGUUUUUGAUCCACGGUUUUCAUCCAAAUCACAUGCUUUUAGGCCUGGGAGGAAUGCGCAUACGGUUAUUAGGACUCUUAGGAGUAACUUUGCAGGAUACUUGUGGUUUGAGGGCGAUUUAAGUCCAAUUCUUGAUGAGGUUGAUGUAAAUGUGGUAAUGCGAUGCAUUGAAAAUGCUGUGAAAGAUAAGAAAGUUCUGAACUUGAUAAAAUCUGGUAAAGGCGCUGUAAAUAACUGUUUAACUGACGUUGAAUGUGAAGGGAAAAUGAAGAAGAGCAAGAGGAAAAAAGGGCGGACAAAGAAGAGAAUCUUGAGUGAGAAUGAGCCAAAGCCAGACCCGUAUUGGUUGAGAACGUUUUUCAAUUUUGCACCUGAGGAGGCUGCAAAGGUGCCGAACUAUGGAUAUUGCGGGAUACUUAGUCCUUUGCUGGCUAAUGUGUGUCUGAAUGAGCUUGAUCAAAUGAUGGAAGAGAAGAUAAUUGAGUUCUUUAAGCCCUGUGAACAAGAUUCCAUAUGGAAGUACUCGAUAGAAGAUGGCUAUCAUAACCCUUCUUGGCCGGAGUUCGUUCCAUCUGGUGGGAAGGAGAAGACGAGGAAGAUGGAUUACGUUAGAUUUGGGGGUCAUUUUCUAAUUGGGACGGGAACUAGAGAGGAAGCAGUGGGAAUUAGGAAGGAUAUAAUUGAGUUUUGUGAAAACAAUUUUGGCAUAAGGCUAGACAAUUCCAAAUUUGAGAUUGAGCAUAUUACUAGGGGAAUUGAUUUUUUGGAUCACACACUGUGUCGUAGGAUCAUAUAUCCUACUCUUCGUUACACUGGGACAGGUGGAAAGAUAGUCAGUGAGAAAGGUGUAGGAACUCUGCUUUCAGUCACAGCUAGUUUGCAGCAGUGCAUUCGUCAAUUUAGAAGGCUCGAGUUUGUGAAAGGUGAUAGGGACCCAGAGCCACUCCCUUGCACCCCAAUGCUUUAUUCGGGACAAGCUCAUACUAAUUCUCAAAUGAACAAGUUCCUUGAGACCAUGGCAGACUGGUAUAGAUAUGCAGAUAACAGAAAGAAAAUUGUUGUUUGUGCUUAUGUCAUUCGAAGUUCUCUUGCUAAACUUUAUGCUGCCAGGUAUAGAUUGAAAUCUCGUGCCAAAGUCUACAAGAUUGCUACACGUGAUCUUAGUCGUCCUUUGAGGGAGAGUAGUAAUAACUCUGCACCUGAGUAUUCAGAUCUUUUGAGGAUGGGGCUUGUUGAUGCUAUUGAUGGUGUACAAUUUUCUCGCAUGUCUUUGAUUCCUUCAUGUGAUUACAGUCCAUUCCCUAGGAAUUGGAUCCCAGACCAUGAGAAAGUGUUGCAUGAAUAUAUCAACUUACAAGAUCCGAAGUUCUUUUAUGAACUGCAAAAAUCACUCAAGCAACAAGUUCUAUCAUCACCCCAAGAUGACAUGUCUGAGAUUGUGUGGAGUUGCAAGACACUUGGUAUCCAAAACUACUGCCUUAAUGGUGCGACAGAGGUGCAUGAUGCUUCUCCAACAGUUAGAAGGUGAAUAAGAAAGCAAUUUGAUCGCUGAAAAUAGAAUUUUAGUGAUGCUGCUUAUUGUAAAAGGACUAUUGAGCAAAGCAGAUAGUGCUUUCCACAACUUCAGGUUGAUACUUCUAAAGUUGGACUUCACUGCUUCCUAUAGUAUGAGUUAUGCUUGAAUGAACUUGUGUCCAGUUUUAAAUGGCUGUUACAAAGGUGGAUAGAUGGACAUUGGAGAUCAGAUUUUCUGUUGAAAUAUUACAAUCUAGUUAUUCAGUUGAUUUGGUACAGGGUUGGGCCCUUGAAAGGGAGGUGGAGUACCUACCAAACAGGUUGUCGAUGGAUUGAUUUGAUGUGCCUAAAAGUAACUUGAUUCUACAUAUAGGUUGAAAUUGAUGUUUAUUAUCAUGUAGUAAUUUGUUACAUGUUAUGAAGUGUGUGGACUGGACUGUUAAUUAUGUGAGUUGUCGUAGCUGUUCACAUACCAAGUGAAGGUUAGUAUUGCUAGAUGUAUAGAAGUCAGAUGAUUCUUUGAUAAAA